GCCCUGUACCGCGCGGCCCAGAAGCAUGUCAAGCUCAUGGACAUCGACGUCCUGAGCGAGAACGAAGAGAGCGACGUGCAGGUGGCCAGCGACCUCAGCGACGCCAGCGAGGACGACGAGGGCGAGGCUAGCGAGGAUGAGGACGCCAGCGAGGAAGAGACUCCGGCGCACGAGACGCCGGCGGCGCGCCGUAGCCGCGUGCAGCAGCUCAUCGCCGAGAGCAGCGACGACGAGUCAGACGAUGAGGAGCCGGCGCCGCUGAAGAAGACAAAGAAGAGCGCGUUGGCCGACGACUCGGACUCGGACGCGGAAGCCGGCGAGGAAGAGCGGCCGUCGUUUCUGGAUGACUUCGUCCCGACGACGUUUGAGAAUGGUGCGAACGGCUUUCGCUGCAAGAAGUGCCCCAAGAUCCAGCUCCAGAACGAGAAGGACGUCGUGAGCCACCUCCAAUCCAAGAAGCACCAGCGCAACGCGAUCACGCCCGAGGAAAUCGAGAAGCGGCGCGCGGCCAACAAGCGCAAGCAGCUCAAGCGCAAGCUCAAGCGCGAAGCCGCGGGCGAAGACGGUGCGUCCAAGAAGAAGAAGAAGAAGAUGGAAGCGGCGGCCAAGAAGGCGGAGGCGGAGGCCAAGGCCCCGAAGAAGCCGACGACAGACGACGCCAAGACGGCCGCUGCCAAGAAGGCUCCUACCAAGAAGGUUCCUACCAAGAAGGUUCCUACUGAGAAGGCUCCUGCGAAGAAGAAGACCCCGAAAGCGUAA